CUUUCAGGAUGACCGUAACAGCGACCCCUCGAAAGCCGCCACCUCUCGCCGGACUAGCAGCCAUAAUUCAAGAUGCCCUCCGACAAAACUUCGCCCACGCAAGCGCGGAAGUAAUCGAAUGCCCCGACCUCCGAGAGGCCCCCUUCGAACUCGCUGCCCAGGGGUUAUCAGGGAACCCGGUAAUCGCAGACAUAGGCGGACAAGCAAACCUCUUCCCGACACCAAACUUGGAUGCCAAGUUCUCGCUCCUCGCUCUCGCGCGCGAUAUGCGCAUGUCGCCCGAGCGUGGACUUCUCAUUGGAGCGGGCGCAGCGCCCUGGCAGGAUAUCGGGCAUAAUGCCGAACUCGCGCCCAAUAUCUCUUGGGAGGGAGAUCAGGGACGAACACCUAAUCUCGAUGAUGAGGCGUCGAUAUCCGUCACAAACAAGACACGUAUUGUCGAAGUGAACCCUAGCGCGAACUCAUCGCCAGAGCACUCGAUAACAUGCCGCCCCUCCCCAAGCACAAACUGCGCGUUAAUGGCCAACCUCUUCGGCUCAUCGGGCCUCCCAGGCCCCGUCCUGAGAAUCACAGCACGAUCUCGGACCGGCGCACACAAUUUCACAAACGCCAUCCGCCACGGCAUCCACGCCGCCUACGGCGACUCCCACCCCGUAAGUCUCGGCGGCGUGUUCCUCUUGAAAUCCGGGUCCGCAAAGUUCCACGUCAUGCCUGAUUUCCCGUCGCGGGAAGACCUCCCCUUCCGAGACCGGAAGCAGCUGGAGGAGGAUUGGUUGAAGUACCAGACCUGUGCGGCGCCGGUGGUUUGUCUGAGUGUGUUUCAUAGUGCGGAUCCGGAGGGGUUGGGGCUGCGGAUGGAGCAUACGCAUUGCUAUGAUUUGGAGGGUCGAGAGAAGGGCGGGCAUUAUCAUUAUGAUUUGCAGGACGGAGGCGACGUUGAGUAUGAGGGGUAUUAUAAUGUUGCCGAGGUGAUUUAUAGGAUUCAUCGGCCUUGAUUGUGUGCACAGGCUGAGGCUUUAGAAACAAGGUAUCGCUGAGUUGGGCACAGACACUUUGUGAAC